AUGAUAUAUUGAGAUUAAAAUUAAUCCAUGUGAUAACAGUGGAUCUUUCGGGAUUUUAUUACAGUAGCUGUUGAUUUUUAUUAUGAAAGGUUUUGUUAUAUAUAUGUGCUAUGAAAGAUGGCGCAAGUGUGUAUUUCUUCAAUCAUGACACUCUCACGGUAAAAAAUCAGCUGAUUCAUUAACCUUCACCAGAUAUCAAGUUUUUCUGAGUCGACGUGUAGCUCGACUGAUAGUCAAUGGAGGUUCAAACUUAGUUCUCACUUCAUAUAUUUACGAGACAUUUUAUCUCGCAAUUGAAUUUCUUUAAUGCAUUGUAAGAAAUAGUCGAGGUUUGGAUAUUCAAAUAUCCAAGUUCAGUUUGGAGAGGACUUGUACUAGAUAAUCAAAAGAUAAAAGUAAUAAUUAGAAGAAAAUCAUGGCUACAAAUUUCAUGUUACGAAAUUGGAAAAGCCUACGUUCCAUUGGCAUUUAUUGUUAUGUUACAUGGAGCGGAUCGAAGAAUUUAAAGCAUGUUGGAACAGGAAUUGUAACAGGAUUUGCAGCGUACAGCGUAUCCAAGGUUACAGUUUCGGCAGCACAGAAUGAUUUGCAUAAUUAUGUUAAAACUUUUAUGGCAGAGCCUAUUACAGCUGUUGAGAAAUUGCAGAAAAAUCAGAAUGAUAUGAAAACAAAGAUGGAAUUACUGGUGAUGAAGACACAAGCAGAUUUCUGCAGAGCUCUUGAAUCAUUGGAAAGUAACGGAUCUUUCAAGGUGGAUCGUUGGACCAGGAAGGAGGGUGGUGGUGGUAUUACCUGUGUACUACAGGAUGGAGAGGUAUUCGAGAAGGCUGGUGUUAAUGUUUCUGUGGUAACUGGUGUGUUGCCACCAAAUGCAAUCCAACAGAUGAGGGCACGUGGUAAAAAGAUGGGAGACUCGGUACCAUUCUUUGCAGCUGGCGUGAGUGCUGUAAUUCAUCCUCGCAAUCCCAUGAUCCCUACGAUUCACUUCAAUUAUCGCUACUUCGAGGUGGAGAAUCCAGACGGCACUACUCAAUGGUGGUUCGGAGGUGGUACGGAUCUCACUCCGUAUUAUCUGGAUGAGGAAGAUGCCAAACAUUUUCACAAAGCCCUGAGAGCGGCGUGCGACAAGCACGAUCCAUCUUAUUAUGCGAAAUUUAAAGAAUGGUGCGACAAUUACUUCAAUAUCGUCCAUCGAGAGGAACGACGCGGCGUGGGUGGAAUAUUUUUCGACGAUCUAGACACUCCGAAUCAAAAUGAAGCAUUUCAGUUUGUGACUUCUUGCGCUGAGGCAGUUAUUCCAUCGUACAUUCCCUUGGUAGAGAAACACAAGGAUGACGGCUACGGGUAUCGCGAGAGGCAAUGGCAAUUAUUACGACGAGGUAGAUACGUUGAGUUUAAUUUAAUUUAUGAUCGCGGUACUAAAUUCGGCCUGUAUACGCCCGGUGCGCGAUACGAGAGUAUACUCAUGUCUCUUCCAUUAAAUGCCAAAUGGGAGUAUAUGCAUGAACCCGAAGCCGGUUCGAAGGAGUCACAACUUUUGGAGGUGUUGAAAAAUCCGAGAAAUUGGUUGGAUGAAGCAAAAUCAAGCAAUGCACAUGCAUAAAUUAUAAUAAUCUCGAAAAAAAAUCUAGAUAGGUGCAAGAUAAUAUUCCAACUAUACAUUAUUUUAAUACAUAAUAUAAAAUUAUAACAUAUAAUAAAAAUUAUAAAUCAUAUAAUUAUAAUAUGUAAUAAAAAUGUAAAGAUUAGUGAUUGAGAUUUUGAGAAUCGAUUUAUAGAUAUAUGAAAUAAUUCACAUAAUUUGUUGUUGAAUGUUUAGAUAUUUAUCAGAUCAAUCGAAUGUGACAUUCGAAGUAUCAGACAGAAGUAUGUAGAAUAAUCAUAUAAAAACACGGACACAAAUUGUGUACAAUAUACAUGUAUUAAUUAAUAACUAAGCUUGUAUACAAUUGUACGUACAUUGAAAUUUAUAUUUCUCGAGAAGAAAUCAAUAUAAAAGUAAAAAUAAUAAUAAGACAAAGAAAUAUGAUAUAUAAAAUUUCUCAAGCUGCUUUAACGCGUUUAAUACGAAUUACAUUUGUUCAUCUUAAAAUCUUAAUUAAACGUUAUUUACAAUAUAAUAUCAGGCAUUGUUACCGAAAAUGGGGGGGGUCGUACAGUUAAUAUUUCUUUUCUAUUUAAGUGUAUAUAUUUAUGGAAGAAAGUCGAUGGUAAUCAUUCUAUUUCAUAAAUUUAAUUUAAUAUUCAGUCUUCGAUUUAUAGAAAUUUCCGUAUUCGUAUUUCUUAAUUCGUAUUAGUUAUAAAAGCAAGCGUCAUCUUGCUAAAAUAAGAUACACUCUUAUAUUCGUUUUAGAGAUCAUAUAAAUGCA